UUUUUUUGUGCUAAAGUUUUGUUACUCUCUAAUCAGAUGGCUGUAUUCUAUUCUUAGUCUGCUUUCAUCUUCACAGACUUGCAAUUUCAGCAAUACCAAAUAAAAGGAGAUACACAAAUUCUUUCUCUAGUGUUUAAGCUAUUGCUCUGGUGGCGAUUCUUCGUUUCUUUGAAGGUAAAAUAAUGGUUUUUUUAUUUACAUGUCUUCUUUCCUUGCCUGAAUUGCAUUUGUUUGAAUUAUCACAACUCAUCAACUCAAUUAAAGUGGAAAAUUUUUACUGAAGAUUAAACUCUUCCGGCAAUGGAGAAUUCUUACAAGUCAUCUAAUUGAAUUAGCCAGCUUACAAUAGGGACAUGGUUAUGAGGAACUCUUCUUAUCAACCCUGCAUCAAGGAAUCAUUACCUUGGCUUGAUUUGAGGGUUUUUUAUGUUAGAUUUAGCAAAUGCAAGAUUGAUGAUUCCUCUCCUGAGUACCUCACACUAAACCAUAUUCCACUUGAUCAUGAUACGCUUCUUGAAGUUAAUGGUGUCAGAACUAGCAUAUAUUCUGACGGGGUUUCAACCCUUCUUAGAAGGGAUCGAUUAGAUAAGAAGUCUGAAGAAGCUACAUUUGUGAGCACUGAUAGUAUCAGGAUGACAGGAAGUGUGAAGUUUGAAGUCUUCGAUAAGGAUGUUCUUGUGUUAUCAGGGGUUUUAGAAUUGUGUAAUCACAAUGGUUUUGUUGGAGAAUCAAAUAAUCAAGGCCAGGGAUGGAGCAUUGAUUGUGCAUCAGAUACUACCGUGGAAACUGGCUUCUUUAAGGAGAAGCCGAUGCUGGGGCCAGACUUGGCUUCACCUACAAUUGAGGUCUACAUUGCAGGGUCCUUUUUGAGCACUCCAAUUAUCUUAACAAAGACUUUGCAGCUUAGUCAUCGGAAAAGGCAUACAAGGAAGGGCAUGUUGGAUUCGAUACCUGAAUAUGAGGUGACUGAAAGCCCAAAAGAUGUUCCUUACAGGCUUAAUUUGCAUAUGUCAAAAUUCCUGAAGCACAAACCAGAAAAUGAAUACUACAAUAACCCCUACUUUGGGUCAACAUAUUUUGAAGGUGAAGAUGGAGAGAUUACAUGGUUCAAUGCUGGUGUAAGAGUGGGUGUCGGGAUUGGCCUUAGUGUUUGUCUUGGAAUUGGAAUUGGAGUGGGUUUGCUGGUUCGAACAUACCAAGGCACCACCAGAAACUUUAGAAGGCGACCACUGUAAUCCACACUUUCCCUGUUUUCCCUUCUAGCCUAAUGCCGUCCAUUCAACACCCCUAUGAAACAAAUUAAGGCAACUUAGUGGUACUUCUGACGUGUUCCAGUUGACAAUAUGGAGGGGCUUAUGGCUUUUGCAAUCAAGUGAAGGAAUGUAUGAGUUCAAGCUUUUCUUGUUUUCUGCUGGGGCUAAGCCUUGCAUCUGAUAUAAAAGGUUCAUUUAUUUCAAAUGUACAACCAUAAAUUCAGGAAAUCUUUCAGCAUCUCUCACUUGAUUUUGUAGGGAACGUUAGUGUGUUGAGAUCCUUAUGUAGCUAGUGUUGUCUGGCGUGGCCUUCUAUAUCUGUGAAGUUCUUUUGUUUUCUAAGGUGUUGAUAGCAGUGUAAUUUUGAGUAAUGGAAAGAAAUGUAGAUCCCCUUUACAGGUCAUGAAUAAUUUGUGUUUGUACUUA